AUGGAGAAGAUGGAGCCGGAACCAGUGCAGCAUGCUAGGUCUCAGAGGGAAGCUGCAGAGGAGCUUGGGGAAGAGGCUGUGUCACAAAUUGCAAACUCGUACGUUGAGGACCUCAUGACUUCGAUUCCACAGGGGGGGACAGCGUCAGGCCGAGCGGCGCCACUGGAGCAGGCAUUAAAGGAUCCGAAGCAUCUCCAGAACUUCUUGGUCGAGGCCAACAUCCGACUGGUGCGGCUAGAAUACCUUUUCAAGCUCGCGGAGGACGGUCGGGUUUGGCCGCGGCGCCAGGAGGCGGAGGCGGAAGAGUUUGAGGACGUUGAUGGCAAGAUCCGCACAGCACUAGUGACGAUGGAGGAAAUCCGCAAUCCGGGACUGCGAAUCGGGGAUGCAAGCAUGAGUGGAGACCGGGUGAUCCUGUCUGUGUCACACACAUGGGAGUCCAAGCAACAUCCCGACCCAUGGGGUUGGCAGCUGUAG